CUCACCAUCUCAUCAAGUCUCAUCUCUCACAUCCACUCAACAGCUCAUCAUGCACACUUGUCCCAACUGCUCUGCUCAGUUCAACAACAGAAAUGACUGUAGUAAGCACAGCAAGAAGUGCUUGAAAGGCAUUGAGACUUUCACAUACAACAGUCAAGAGAUUACUGUCUAUAAAAAUGCAGAUGCUGGAGGAAAAGCCUACAAGACAUUGGAGGUUAUGAAGAGGCACCUGAAAAGUACAAAAUCACAUUGGGUUGGCAAGAAUCAACAAGGAGAUACAUUUCUAGAGGCAAGCCAAGAUAUUAGCGUACAUAAUACACAAAGAGUUCAUCAGCAGCAACACUCGGUCUCUAUGCGUGAAAGAGAUGAUCCCAUCGAGGUACACAUGGAGGAAACACAGCCUCUUCAUAUCAGUCGUACAAUUAGCAUGGAUCAGGAGAUUGACAUUAACGAGUCCAUCAGCAAAGCAUCACGCACAGAAUCAUCCAUAGACCUGCAAGAUGAUCAACCUCAAGCAAGUGAAAUAGCAACUCGAGCUAUUAGCCAAGAAAGUCAAGAUGGACUGCUUCACCACCCAUAUCUGGAUACUAUCAAUAUUGUCGUAAAUCCAGACCUGCGGAUCUUAUGCUGUCACAUCUGUCAAGUCGCACUGGCUCCUGGUCAUGUCUCUGGCCACAUGAGAAAUGUCCAUCCAGCAAUCAAAUUGCAUGACGAUCGAUUCUGUCAAGCAGUAGCAGACAUUGAUAUAGCCACAGCUCUUCCGACCUCUAUAGCAGGAGGCAGAGGUGUCAGUGCAUACAAGGGCCUAAAGACACACAACGGCUUUGCUUGCGAUCUUUGCUCCUAUGCAGGUGGAUCACGAGUGACUAUGGGCGAUCAUCAUCGAGAAAAGCACCAGUCCAUCCCACUGCCCAAGCAAUGGACUCCUUGCAUGGUACAGCAGCUCGACAGGGGGGUGCACAAGAAAUAUUGGAGAGUGGCCGGAGGCCAGGAGACAUCUUGCGAUCAUCAGGAUGCAAUAGACAAGAUGAGAAAAGAGAUGGAAGAGGUGACUAGAGUGGAGCAAGUGCCGCAAGAGAAGCGGUUGGUGAGCCCUUGGCUGUUGACCACCAGGUGGCACGAACAUGUAGCCGGUCAUGAAGUCGCGACCCUAAGGAAGCUGGUAGAGAUACCAAAGGCAGACGAGGCCAUCAUGCCCGACCUCGCGCAUGCGGUGGAGCUAUAUUUUGAAAGUGCCUUGGUUUUGUUGGAUACCACAGAAGAGUUGGUCUUGCAGCGUCUCAACUCUCCUGAUCCAUUGAAAGAGCGAGUCACUAGUUUAUCAUACGCUGGAAUCAACAACUCGCCUCUUCACCGCCAUCAAGAAGCUGGGACCAUGAAGUCAUAUGUGCGCUCGACCAUCGGUCUGCUAGCCAUGCUGCUGAGGACGGACAGAGGGGACGACUAUGAGAUUCCGAUCCCGCAACACCUCAUGCAAGCCCUGCAAGAAUUGGAACUGGCACUGACAGAGAAGGAGGAGACGACAGAAAAGAUACAUGCGGUCCUCACCAUGAUCUGGAUGACCAAGUGGGUCAAGGAGAAGGACAACACGAUCCCUUGUCCCACAGAGCGAUUCCUGGCUUUGCACACUCUGGAGGCCGAUGGACGACACAGGGAGCCAGUGCUCAUCACUCCCAUCUUGGCCAGACUAGAGUACUGCAUGCGGCUUGCGUGUCUGAAGCAAUUGAAAAUUCUCAGCACCAAGCUAUAUGAUGGCAACGACGAAGCAGCAUGCGACGCACUCCAGCCAUGGUUCACCGAUAAAACAAACUCGCCUUUCAGUGGCUUGCGAUCGCUUCAGCAUCGAGCAUCGAGCAUCGCAUACAAGACCACAAGUCUGCCUCGCGUGUGGUGGGUGGACCGCAAGAGAUGGAUGGAGAUGCUGUACAGAGGCGAUAAGGUGCACAUCAACCAGCUCAGAGAGAUGUUCGCUUCCUUGGAGAUGAAACUGGUGGAUCUCUGGGAAAACAAGGUGUUGGUCGGAAUCAGGGUCUACGUCCACUACAAGAAUCUCGUGGAUGAUAGCAACAACUACGAUGUGGGCUACUGCUUCUUGUCCGACCGCAGGAACACCUGCUUUGCAGACCGUGAUCGCUUCCUCAAGGCCCUCAUCGAUAAUCCAGAGGUCUUCAGCCAGUUUGCCGUAACUCGGUCGCAGCGCAACCUGGUCAUUCUGGGAAAGAACCUCACCAUGCUCAGGACAUAUCACAAAGGAAGCGCAUUGUCUGGGACCGACAAGCUCAUCCCUCACUCGAUAGAUGGUGUCACGGCCGACAUCAUGAUCCAAGACCUCGCCCUGACCAGGCCCUUUGCUGAAGUAGCCGCCCACAUCUGCUACCCAGACAAGCCAUGGAUCAAAGAGUCGUAUCAGAAGCACAUCUUCAUGAACGACCACAAGCUAUUCACCAGCGAACAGCUGUCUGCCACCAUGGCCAGGGAAAGUGUAUCUAACAUUGGCUUCGGUCUGGGAAUCAACUCUUGGCGUCACAUCAGCACCGCCUUCAAACGCAAACUCGGUAGAUUUGCAGAGGAGCUGUUGGAGGAAGACGAUCAAGACACGAUAGAGGCACUUCAAGCCGGCCACAGCAGGACGACAGAGAACCGAAUAUAUGGUCUCAGUCCAGAUACACUGGCAGCAGGGGCCGAGGACCUGCUGCCUCAAUUCCUUCAAGCUAGCACCAACUGGCAGUUGCUCAUGCACACAGUCCCAGGCGGUCUGGAACUGGCAUACACCGAUGCCAGGACCCACCACUUCAAACAGCUAGCAGACUCCGGAAGGUUUGGAUCAGACUAUGAAGAGAUCGAGGCACCAAGUCAUGUGAGGCCUCCCCUCAUUGAUGCUCCCAAAGUCACGGCAGAGAUCCAUUUGUCGACGGACACAUUGGCCAACCGCAUCGCAGGCAAGCUAGAAGAGAAGAUGAUGGCUGGCAUCGAGCAGAGAUUGGUGACGAGGGUGGUGGAUGCUCUCACGCCAGUACUGGAAAGAAUUGUAAUGGAAGCCAUGAAGACAGCGAUUCCACAGCAACUGGUCGGAGUUCCUACCAACGACAUCAACUUCGACGAUAUCUACGGGUCGGUCGACAGUCCAGGACCCAAGGAAGACUUGAACAACACUCCAAAAGCUGCAGCAGCCAAAGCCACAAGUCGCAAGUCACCCAUUCAUAAGAAUUGGACGGGACAUCGAGCUUCCAACAAGGAGUGGGAUGAGAGCGAUGCGGACGGGCAAACGACUUCGAGUGAUUACCCGACGACCAGCAACGAGUCCAAUAUGAUCGACACGACGAGCGAAGACGAUGUGAUCGGUCAGAAGUUGAAAGAGGUGGAGAUUGUCAGCGAUGACUAUGGAGCAUCGGCGCCACCCGCGAAUCAGCUGGCUCUGAAGGACAAGGAACGCAACAUCGAACGCAAAUGCCUGUCCGCGUUGCAAGUCGUUAUCAACAAGGACAAUGCUCAAUGGACAUCUACAGAGCAAAGGGAGGCAGUCAUGGCCACACUGAAGCGAGAGACCGACGUCAUUGCCAUGCUCAAGACGGGCGGGGGAAAGUCGAUGCUGGCCAUCCUUCCGGCCAUAAUGGAGGCAGACAGGGCGGUGGUGGUGGUCCUUCCUCUAAAGUCCUUGAUGAUCGACUGGGAGAGAAAGCUCAAAGUCAUGGGAGUUCCCUUCCAAGUCUACGACCACAGCCGUCCCUUGUCCACCAGCAUCAAUCUGAUCCUGGUGUCGGCAGACAAGGCCAGGUUCAAGACAUGGAGACAAUGCCUGGCUGAGUUCAACGAGAUCCUGCCGGUCAGCAGGCUGGUAUUCGAUGAAGCUCACCUGCCUCUGCUGUCAGAAGAUUUCAGAGUGUCCAUGCAGGAUGUGCACGAGCUCAGACAGUUCCCCAUGCAGCUCGUACUUCUGAGCGGCACGAUACCUCCUUCAAGCCUCGCCUCCCUCAAAGCGAUGUUUGGGCUCUUGCCCACAGCCAUCGAGAUAAGAGAGUCCAGCAACCGUCCAGAGCUGGAGUACAUCAUGAGGCCACCAGCUCAGUCCAGCACCCUGGACACAAAAGUCGUUCAAAUAGUCAACCAAGAGCAGGCGCAAUGGACCGCAAAGGACAGAGGCUUGAUAUUUGUCACAUACAUAGAAGACGGCGACACUCUGUCCGAGAUGGCGAGUGAUCCACAAAUCACCACGCGCUGGCCAUUCUACAAUGGAUCAAAGGACGUGAGCGACGCCUCCAGAGCGCAAUACUACAAGGAUUGGCGCUCUGGCAAGAGUCCGGUGAUGAUCUGCACGAGCGCCUUCAGCACAGGCAACGAUUAUCCUCACGUCCGACUGGUCAUCCACCUGAAGACCCCACUGGAGAUGUCUGAGAUCAUCCAAGCUCAAGGGCGAGGCGGAAGGGACGGAAAUCCCGCCAGAUGCUACAUGCUUCCAUCGACAUCACCUCCCAAGAUCAUCAUCGGACGAUCAGAGACAGAUCACAAGGGUCUAUGGUAUGCCCACGACCACAUCUACAGCCACGGUCUGAAGCGCUGCCUUCGCUACGGAUCGACCCUCUACAUAGAUGGAGAGGGAACCAAGUGCGGGGCCGAUCGGAGAAACCAGCUGUGUUGUGUCUGCAAGAACGACGCCAAGGAGCCGGUUCAAGCAAAGGCGGCCACUCAACAGCAUGUGCGCAUGCUCCCAACAUCCCCGCUCCACAGACGCGCCGUCUCCACAAACAUACCGCCCUUGCAACAGCGCACGCGUAUGCUGAUCGGCGCCUCUCCCAGUCACGGACGAAAAGUCUCGCUCAACAAAAGGGUGUUCAAUGACAUGUCUGGCGCAGCAGAUCCCUUUGCGGAGGCUGCCACACGUUCUAAAAAGCUGAAGACGACGAAGCAAGCGGCGGAGAUGAGCCAAGUGGACCGGAUGAGAAAAGCGUUGGACACGAUGAAGGACAAAGGAUGCACUCUAUGCUAUGCGAGCGACAAUGGCGAGUUGGAAGACCACCGGAUGAGCCAGUGUCCAUCAUGGACAUCCAUAGAUAGCACUCUGGGGCAGUACUUUGAAUGGAAGAAGGAGAUCAGAUACAACAACCACAAGGGCAUCUGCUGGAUAUGCCACGUGCCCACGUGCAGAGACGAACUGCACGUGCCUCUCGUGAAGGGGUCGAGAGACAACCAGUGCGACUGGCCAGACAUUGUAGUGCCACUAGCCCUGGUGAUCUACAAGUACAAAGAUCUGAAGGAGGCGGCGGAGGAGUACUUUGGAGUCGAGUGGGCGACCUUGGAGGCUUUCACAAAAUGGUUGAUGAAGGCGCCAGCAUCAGGACACCACAGCAAGGGGAUGGAUCUGCUGCUGUGGUACGUGGAAAUUUCAUCUCUACCAAAGAUUAAAAAGACUCCAGCGUCAACAAGCAAGACGCCUAAGAUACUCUCUUCUCCUAGCCAGAUUUCUCCCAAGACCCCUUCUCAGGCAAUGACGCCUGUGAAAGCAAAGAUCUCGUCUUCUGCCAGCCAGAUUUCUCCCAAGACCCCUUCUCAGGCAAUGACGCCUGUGAAAGCAAAGAUCUCGUCUUCUGCCAGCCAGAUUUCUCCCAAGACCCCUUCUCAGGCAAUGACGCCUGUGAAAGCAAAGAUCUCGUCUUCUGCCAGCCAGAAGAGGACCCAGAUUAUCCAAGAGUCUGACGAAGAGUCUGAUGAAGAGUCUGAUGAAGAUUCUCUCAGUGAGAAUGAUAUGGAGGAGGACGAGAUGCCGAUCACAAAGAGCAAGAAAGGCAAGGGGGCGAGAAAGGCAGCAAUGGUUGCUGGUGUGAUCGUAGCAGAGAAGGAGGAAGAGGAGGAGGGGCAACGCCAUCUCCACACAAUCCAGAUCCUGCAAGAUCUGGCAGAGGCAGAAUUAGGGUAUGGCUUGAUACACAUCGGAGGCACCAACAACGACUUUGGCAGAGGACCGCAGAUAGUUCGGCAGCGUUACAACUGUCGUCCCAUAAACAAACAGACAAUGAACAAGAUGAAGUACAGCCACGAGUCGACUGGGCUCCUGAACUGCCUCCCAGAUAACGCCAUUUUCAUUGGCGUCAAGGUGGAGCACAUCAAAGUGGAAUCCCUCCAACCUUUGCAGCCAGGACCGUACACGAACCAUGUCAAAUGGGCUCAUGAAGCAGCUGACCCUGGUAAUGAGAUGCUUCUUUUCAACGGCAAUCACAGGUGGACCUACAUGGAGAACUAUUACGCCCAAGAGUGGCACAACUAUUAUCAGGCGCAGAAGGCGGCGUACGACAACGACUAUGGUUCCUGUGCUGCGGCAGAGGCAAUGGCGAAGUCAUCGGAGAUGGUAGAUAUUUUAGAUGCUGACGCAGUGUGGGUCGCUCGGUUCUUUGACUUUGACAUGCUCAUGGCUGCCCAAAACUCGUCCCUGCUCUUGCACGAGCUCAUUGCAAACCAGACACUGCCCUCCAAGGAUGAUACUGACACGGACAAACUGAAGAACGUCCUUCGGCUUGCGAGCGGAGAGGCAUCGGAGAAGACGAAUCAGCUCGUUGCAGAUGCCACAGCGCAGUGGGUUAAGUCCAAAGAUUCGAACAGCUCGCGCACGGCGUGGGCGGUCAGCGACCAAAAUCUGUUCGACUUCCUGAAGGACCUAUACGCACAUGCGGAUUUCGAAUCAUCACCGCUGAUCAACAUAUCAUUGCUGUACAGCAAUUGGUACCCAUACAUGACGCAGUUCUUCAUCGCGACAUUCAGGCCUAUGCUGGACCUCCUGGAGUUCCUUGUCUCGCCCGUUGUCUUUCCAACUGUGGAAGAGGCCACCCUCAAAUACCUUCAAAAGAAGGUCCAGAUCAUGGACCCCAAGAACAGGAAGGAGCUUCGAAUAGUUCUCAAGGCAUUGCGGGAAGAAUACUUGCCCAAGUCACUCGAAAAGGGCAACGCGCCGCUGAAAGACUUACUCGAAGGCCCCAUGAUGAAGGCCCUGGACGAGGUGUUCUCAUCAAAGAUGUCCACUGUCAGCAGCCUGUAUGGCGCGGAGGAACCGAAAGAGAUCUACACUCAUUAUUUGGGAUCGCAGGCUUAUUACUAUGAGCUCAGGGCCGCCAUAAAGAAGGUCGUUGACAACGAACUGCUGCCAUACAUCAAGGACACCCCUCAGGGACUGAUCGAGCGUCGGACUCUGGUCAACACAGGCAUAAAACUGAUGUGGUCCGGUCUAGGGUACAACCCAAGCGCAGAGGGGACUUCGCACCCCAGCCUCGAGCUGGCCACGAGUCCUCCCAUCCUCACCGUGUCUGUGAUUGCCGCUGUCAUGCUAAACUGGCAUGCAUUGAAAAUGUCCAAGUACAUGAGAGUCCCCCCAGGCGAACCCAAGAUCGAAGAGAAGGCAAUGUUUGCUGACGAGGUUCAAGAGGCUAGUGCAAUCUUUGGAUGGAUCGAGUGCUUUGGGUCGUUUGCAGUGACCAAGGGAAAUGUCCGCAGCACCUAA